GUUCGAGAAGAUGUCGGUUGACUACUCCAAGCAGAAAUGCCUGGUGUGUGGCGACAAGGCAAGCGGCCUGCACUACACGGUGGUCUCGUGCGAGAGCUGUAAAAGUUUUUUCGGUCGUAAGAUCAAGAGCAAGGCCAAAUUUACCUGUGAAGCCAAUGGAAACUGUGUAAUGGACCUGUACACCAGGCGGCAUUGCCCGGCCUGCAGACUCCAGAAAUGCCUAGAUGUAGGCAUGAAGCCUGAACGUGUUUGGGACGAGAAGAGGUUAGAGACAAGAAAACCGUUAGAACGCAAGAACAAGAAGAAGCAGAAAGAACAGCUCCUGGUCACCCAGCAGCACACUUCUCCCCAACCCUCUGCAUCCUCUGUCAGCACGUCGUCGUCGACGUCAUCGUCACCAUCCUGUAGCAUUGUCAUGCCCUUGAGCCACUCCCCCAAGCUGAAUAAGGACCAGGAGGAGCUCAUCACAGCACUAGAAAGGGCCAAGUCAGAUUCGGGUGCUACGAAUAGCAAUGCUAAGCCAAAUGGGAAAAUAGACGAAAUCUUGAGAAAGAUGCAAGCAUUCCAGGACAAGACUGAAGCAAUGUUUGCAAAUAUGAACUGCAAUGGUGCCAAUCCUUUCUGUUUUGAUCCCAGCUCCCUGUUUGUGCCAAAAGGCAUGACGAUGACACCUCACCCUGGCAUGAUGCCCAGCGACCCUUGCAUGAUCAAAAUGGACUCUGCACUGGACAAAGCAGACAAUGAAAAGCUCCACCACCACCAAAGAUAUUCGAUGGACAAGCCCCAAAAGAUUUGUUUGAAAGAAGAACCGCUGGACCACUCACCGAGCCUCACCUCAACAUCUUGUCAGGUGGACAAUCAAAGGAUAUCGGACAAGAUCAAGAAGGAACCGGGUAUGAACGAAAAAAUGGCAGAACUCCCGGACCAACCCACUAUGCAGCAGAUGAUCAUCUACAACAUGACGUUAAUGGGUGUUGUCAUCAGGCAAACUGUUGCCUUCACCAAGGCCAUUCCAGCCUUCCGAAGGCUGCCCUACGAUGAGCAGGCGGUACUCAUCAAGAACGCUAUCCUUGAAGUCCUCAUGCUGAGGUGUGCUGAGAACUAUGUUCCAGAGCGCAACGUUAUCAUUGAUGACAUCACAGGCAGCGAAUGGUCCUUUGAAUCAAUGUUGAAUUCGGGGUUCUUGACGGCAACAGAACCAACGCUUAAGUUUAUCCAAGCAGUCAAUGGUAUGAUGCUGACCAAACAAGAGUAUGCAUUACUGCAAGCAAUCACCAUCAUCUCACCAGAUCGACCCGAGAUAGUGAGUCGAGAAGAUGUGGAGCAGAUACAGAGGCCGAUGGUGGAGACUCUUCAGACCCUGACCAAAAUCAACCAUCCCGAAGAUAAGGUCUUCUUUGCCAAGCUCAUCAUGAAGCUGACCGAUGUACGAGACCUGGUCACGCACCACGUUGAUGACCUCAUGUCCAUGAAGCUUCCGGAUUCCCAGUUUGAGAGCCUCUUCCCCCUCAUCUCAGAGAUUUUCAACGUUUAACGUUUGGCCCCUUUGAGGGAGAUGGACUCUAUAAAACAAGUUUGGCCCCGCUUUGUGGAAGCCAUUCAGUUAGUCAUUCUUGAACCAUAUGAAGGUCAAUCCCAAUAAUAAUUGUCUGUGAACAUUUGAAAGAUGUUAUCAUUAUGAAAUUCUAAUGGCAAAGACUGUCCAGAGGAUGGGAUGUGAUCCUUAUGGUAAGAAGAGGCCAAACAAAACAAGACGAGAGGCUGAUUUUGUUUAUAAAAUGACAUUAAGAAAGUUGAACAUUACAAUGACCCCCUUGUUGCUGAUGCACCAAUAUGCCCUACAUGAUGGAUCAUCAUAAUUGUACUAAAAUUAUGCCAAGUCAAUGACAUGUUUCCUAAUAGCGGCCAAAGAGAGAUUCAAUAUGAUCUGUAAACACUGAAGUAUUAAAAGACCAAU